AUGGCGCAGGAACAUACCGAUUGGGCUACAUUCAGAAAGGACGGGUUUCCUUUGUAUCCCCAGCUUUGUGUGGUGUUUGGGGAUACAUAUGCUACUGGAGAGUUUGCAUCGGGAAAUGUGCGGGAUCGGAUGUCUUCAGAGGAAGAUGCCAAGGAUGAAUAUGAUGGUGGUUUGCCAUUAGGUACACCGAAGGAAGGAAGGGUGCAAGAACCUCUGCCCGAAGAUGAGUUACAUAAUGAAGACGAAACUAGGCAAGAACCAGAUGAUGGACCGAGGGGUGGAUCAAGGGCUAUCCCAAUUCCCGAGAAGCACAAGUUGAAUAGGACUCCAAAUUCAAAGAGGAGGAGAAAGAGCACUUCGUACGAAUUUGACCGCGCAUGCAAAGCCAUUUCAGAAUCUCUCCAAUUUAGAAUGGUUCAAUCAUCACAUACAUCUGUCACCUCACAAACCUCACAGCCUGUAGACCCUUACUCCAUGGGAGCCUUCAUUGCCAUCUUGAAAAGCAUGCCCGACAUGGAACCGACACUUUAUGCCAAAGCUUUGAAUCAUGGAAAUAUGAAGGGAGUUAGUGCGGUAGCUUCAGUUGGAGAAAAUGAACCAAGUUGGGAAGACUUUGAUGAUGACUAUUAUCAUAUACUUAUGGCAUGGUUGUGUCUUGGUAAGCUACACAUAGCUAUGCGCACGAGAGAACCUAUUAGAGAUAGUGCUUUGUCGGGAGCGCAAUGGAUCAGGGAAAUUAUUCAUGGACAUUCUGACGGAGUAUACGAAGUAUUUAGAAUGGAGAAGCAUGUUUUUCCUAACCUAUGUGGAUUGUUCACUGCAAGAGGUCGGUUGGGUGACAGUCGAUAUCUUAAAGUAGAUGAACAGGAGAUUAUUGCACCACGUUCCUUUGAUGUUGUUCCACUGGAGAUUCUUAUGGAUCCUAAGCAUAAGCCUUACUUUAAGGGGUGUGUGGGCGCCAUUGAUAGCACUCAUAUUGAUGCGAGAGUACUGCUGCUGCUGCAAAACCGUUUUAGAGGUAGGAAGGGAACUACCACUCAAAACGUAUUAUGCGUGUGUUCAUUUGAUAUGAAGUUUACAUUUGCCUACGCUGGUUGGGAAGGAUCUGCCAACGAUUGUCGGGUUCGGGUUUUUUGCUACACUUUUGGUUCUCUCACGCUGCAGCUUUCUGUUGAGGCUUCUACCGACCUUUCUGUCGCUACUCCCGUUGUGCCUAAGCCGUUUAAUACUGGGAUUGAUCUGCACCAUAGCAAGGAUGUCACUCCAAAUUGUAUAAGUAGGGAAAUCAAGAAUGUGACGGAGAAGAGAAUGUUCUUUGCCAUGCUCACCAAAAGUGAAGCAUCUAGAUUAUCUGGCCACGAUAAGGUGCUGUCGGUGUUUCCCGAUCCUGUGCUUCAACUUCAUACCACACGUUCUUGGGAUUUCUUCGAAGUGGGGUCAAGUGAACAAGCAAGAAGCCAAUAUCAUCAUCCAUCCAAUGAUGUCAUAAUUGGAAUUAUUGACACAGGAAUAUGGCCAGAGUUUCCGAGUUUCAGCGAUGAGGGGGUUGAUGAAGUCCCUCCAAGAUGGAAGGGAACUUGCAUGGAAGCAUCAGAUUUCAAGAAAUCCAUUUGCAACAGAAAGCUAAUAGGUGCAAGAUACUAUGGCAUCCAAUCAAGCAUCUCUAAUGGCACUGGUGCCGAAUCAACUAAAGCCUCCGGGUCACCAAGGAACUCGGUUGGCCACGGAACACACACAGCCUCCAUAGCAGGUGGUGCGCUGGUGGCCAAUGCAAGUUAUUAUGGCUUAGCCAAAGGAACGGCGAGGGGCGGUUUGCCAUCCACCAGGAUUGCGAGCUACAAGGCCUGCACCGAAGAGGGUUGCUCUGGCUCGGUAAUCCUCAAGGCCAUGGAUGAUGCAAUUAAAGAUGGAGUCGAUAUCAUCUCUAUUUCAAUUGGGUCGAGCUCACUAUUUCAGGCUGAUUAUCUGCAUGAUCCUAUUGCUAUCGGUGCAUUUCAUGCGGAACAGAUGGGAGUUUUGGUGGUUUGCUCUGGUGGGAAUGAUGGGCCUGACCCUUACACUGUUGUGAAUACAGCUCCUUGGAUUUUCACCGCUGCAACUUCUAGCAUUCAUAGGGAUCUUCAAUCUGCAGUGGUUCUUGGCAAUGGGAGAACAUUUAAGGGAUCCUCUAUCAAUCUUUCGAACCUCACUCGCUCAAAGAAGUAUCCACUUGUGUCUGCUAAGAAUGCUGCAGCUAAUUUUACACCUGCAGAUGAAGCAAGGAACUGCUUACCAGGAUCAAUAGAUAGAACCAAAGUUGCUGGAAAAAUUGUCAUUUGCAUUGACACCGAUCCCAUGGGGUCUACAAUAAUAAAAACGCUAGUUGUGGAAGAUGCCAAAGCCAAAGGGAUGAUUCUGAUUAGCGAGAAUCAAAAUGGAGUUCCUUUCAAUUCAGGUGUUUUUCCAUUCACGCAGGUUGACCAUGUUGCUGGUUACAAGAUUCUAAAGUACAUCAGUUCUGCCAAAUGUCCUACUGCAAACAUUCUUGAAACAACCGCAGUUUCUGACCAAAGACCAGCACCAACUGUUGCAAGUUUCUCAUCAAGAGGUCCUGGAGACUUAACAGAAAACAUCCUUAAGCCUGACAUAAUGGCACCGGGAGUAGCCAUUUUAGCCGCAGACAUUCCGAACAAUGAUCCCGGGAGUGUUCCAUUUGGCCAGAAGCCUUCUAAAUUUAGCAUAAAAUCCGGUACUUCAAUGGCAUGUCCUCACGUCACAGGAGGGGCUGCGAUAAUCAAGUCAGUUCACAGGGGAUGGAGUUCUUCAAUGAUCAAAUCAGCACUCAUGACAACAGCGACCUUUGUCAACAACGAGGGUAAGCCACUGACGAACAGUUCAAGGAGCCUCGCGAGCCCGCAUGAAACCGGAGCCGGAGAAAUGAGUACUUACCGAGCUCUUCACCCAGGAUUAGUAUUCGAGACCACUACAAAAGACUACCUCCUCUUCCUCUGCUACUUUGGCUACUCACAAAAGAACGUUAGCUCUAUGGCCAGCGUCAAAUUCCGCUGCCCCGAAAACUCAGUCGGCAAGCUCAUAUCCGAUGUCAACUAUCCAUCCAUCUCCAUAAGCAAUCUCAACCGGCACGGAUCGGCAAGAGUGGUCGCAAGAACAGUCACAAAUGUCGGGCCUGUGAGUUUGACAUACGUUGCCAGUGUGGACAGUCCCAUGGGACUAACAGUGAAAGUCAACCCAACUAAGAUCGAUUUCAGGCAAAAUGCGAGGAGGGUCUCUUGCAAUGUCUCGUUUGAUGGGAAGGAGGCUCCUGAUGGCUACAAUUUCGGUUCCUUAACUUGGUCCGACGGCACACUCCGUCCGUACAGUUUUUUCCGUUAAUGUCGAGUGAUGUCAUGGAAAUUUGGAGUGGUUCUCUUGAUGAUGAGGGAUUUUUUUUUUUUUUUGUUCAUCUAGAAAAUUAACCAGUAAAAGUUAUCGCCCUUUGUAUACCCUAACGUUCCUUAGAAAUGGAAUAGAAAAUCUGAUGUUCACUAUUAUUCA